AUGCAAAAUAACAUAUUGAAAGAUCUUAAAAAUAUUCUGAAAGAAGGAUGGUUGGAAAAUCAAUCAAGAAUUUAAAAUACGCAGAAAGUAAUUGUUUUAUGAAAAAGGGUAUAGGUUUUUUCUGACCAAAACAAUUUUGUAUAUGUUUAGGAACAAUAACAUAGCAAUCAACUCAAAUUAUUGCAUUAUGAACUAUUAGCAGAAUAAAAUCAUGUUAAGAAGAAAAAAACUCAGAGAGAAUAUAUUAAUAAAUUUAUAAAUAAUUAUAGAAAAUUUAUACACCAGAAACAAUUUUUGUUUAAUAUCUAAUAAUAAUUUAUGGAAGGAGGCUUAAAAUUUGAAUUAUUGGAAAAGCUAUGA